AUGAUGAAGAAUUUCAUCACUAUUGCUGCCUUCGCUGCUGGCACAAACGCCCGCGUUAGCCGCAAUAACAGCUGCUGCUUCCACCUCACCUCUUCUGGUGGUGCCUCAGGCAAGCUUGGGCAGCUAAGUGACGGCCAGAACCGCAUUGGCGACAACAGCCUGUCGGCUGCUCAAUACUGCAUCGAUUCUGAGGGUGCUAUCACCGACUCCAAGGGCCGUGGUUGUAUUCUCACCCCUCCCACUACUCAGUUACAGUGUGACGAGGGUGUUUCUCCAACACCCGGCUUCUCUCUAAGCUCUCAGGGUGAGCUCGAGUACCACGGCAGCAAGGACUUCGUUGCCUGUGCUACGGGACAGAACGGCGGUCUGAAUGUCUACACUACCCCCACUAAAUCAGAUGUCACCGGUUGCGUUAACGUGAAGUUGACUGCGGACUCCUGCUCAAGCUCUGGCUCUGCCCCUGUUCCCUCGGUCCCCAUUGAGUCUCCUCUCCCCGGCUCUCCUGUUACUGUGGUGAGCACCAUUAGUGCCACUGCCCUCGGUGGUGGCGGUGGUACCGGUAGUAGUUCAAUCGAGCAGCCCUCAUCUUCUGCUAGUGUGCCUAACCCAUCAGGUGGCGGUAGUGGCUCACAGCCCAGCGGUUCUGCCAGCUCUGAUUUUACCACUCCUCCAACCACGGAGCCUUCCAGCAACGCCUGCCCUACCAUCCUCGCCACUGGUAGCUACGAGUAUCCCCACCUGAUUGUCCCUGUUGACUCCUCCUCGCCUAACACUGCGGCUGGUACUUCCUAUAAUGGCACCGUCAGCUCCACUAUCUCGAGCGCGUUCAACUUCGAUAUUCCCUCAUCGGACUCGGGCAAGAUUUGCAGUCUGGUCUUCCUCUUUCCCGAGCUGCAGGACCUCGAGACUUCGUCAUUUAGCUUCACCGGUGACGGCAAGAUUGACUUCGCCAAGCUCUCUUCCGCUGUGGAUAAGUCCACCACCUUCAACAACCUGCCUUCCGUAUCCCAGGACCUUGGCAGUAUCACCAUGUCUCCCGGCAACUCGUACAUUAUCUCCACCUUUUCUUGUCCCGCCGGUGAGACGGUGGCAUACGAGAUGAAAAACUCUGGCAGCACCGACCUGAACUUCUUUGAGGACUACAAUCCUUCUCCGUAUGUUCUCUUUUCUCCUAUUUCCUACCCGGACACCAGUUAA